GAGCAAUGGCAGUUCUUUUUCUUCCAUUAGGCUUCUAUCUCGUCCUUCUCUCGAUAGUAACAAUAUCAUCCCAAAUGCAUCAUCUUCAAGAACCUCCAACACUAUUAGAAUAUCACUUGGAUGAAGUCGAUUACGAUCAGUCGAGUUGUGGAUCGUGUCACUGCAAAGAAAAUCAUUUCAUCGUGUGUGAGACAAGAGACACGCUAGAAAGUGUCUUUGACAUCACGACUUUCGGCCACCAAAAAAGCAAGUUUCAAGCUAUAUACAUUCGGAAUCAGAUGAACCUAACGUCUCUCGAGAAAAAGGCGUUGCAUCAUUACGGUCAACUUAAAGAGCUAGCAAUCGUUGAUUGUGGACUUCAGUACAUUAGUCCAGACGCGUUUGAAAUGAAUCCACACUUAAACAAAAUAAAUUUUCGGAACAAUCAGCUGACUGUAAUUCCGUGGAAAUUAUUUCAUUCCCUAAAAAGCCCUGAAAUCAAUCUAGACAAAAACCCUUUGGUAUGCGCAUGCGAAAAUAAAUGGAUUCCGGAAACCAUCCGAAAUUUUGUUGAACCUAGAACUUCAUUUGGGUCACAGUGGCCUCGAAUCGUAUCAUUCUCCCUUCAAAACCUUACGUGUAAUGACUCUGAUGGCAAUUUUCACCCUCUACUAGAAUUCAUUUUCACCGAGUGUGAUGUCCCUGAAAUCUUCUUGAACAAAAGCGACAUCCAAUUGAACGAAAGAGAUUCUUUCGCCGUUGGAUGUAUGGCUGUGGGAAAACCACCACCGAAGGUACAGUGUUCAAAGUUGCGUGGAACACAGGUCACCUUUUGUCCAGAGUUAAGCUCGCUGAUUCAGAAUCGAAGCAAUCGUUGGCAAUAG